AUGAAGCGAGAAUCAUUAUCCAUAGAUUCGCUCAUACCCUUUGCGCGUCUCUACAACGUUCUCCUCCACGGGGUCACUUUCCGGAGGCUAAGAGCAGAAGAUGGGACAGACAAGGGCGGCGCGAUCGUUGCAACAGAGGCUAAGCAGUCAGGAAUUAAUGAGUCAACAGAAAAUGAUGUUAUUCUCAGAGUGCCCUCUGAUAUGAUUCUCUCCCUGGAAAUGGUUCAGGAACGAUCCAAAUAUGAUCAUCAUCUCCGUGAGGUACUGGAAGCUGUUGGGGAUUUUGGGCAGACAGCUAGAGGUGCCAUACUAAUCUUUCUGCUCAUCCAAAUUUCGCAUUCAUCUCCAGACCUUGCCGGCCAGAAACAUAGAAUCGGCGCGUCAAAUGCUUGGUCGGAAUAUGUCAAGUUCCUGCCCUCGUCUGUUCCAUUACCAACAUCGUGGACAAUGGAAGAGCUAGAGCUACUACGCGGGACGUCCUUGAGAUUGGCCUACGAAGCGAAGAUAAUAUCGCUAGAGAAAGAAUUCGAUCAUCUUCGCGAAGCCACUGAGGAUAUUGAAUGGUGCCGGAACCUCUGGUGGGAUGCGGAAAUUGUUACUGUUGAUGAUUGGAAGUACCUCGACGCAGUAUACCGCUCGCGUAUGGUGGACCUUCCCGGGUAUGGGCACGCAAUGGUCCCUUGCAUUGACAUGGCCAAUCAUGCGUCUGACUCUACCGUAAAUGCGCUGUACGAGAAGGACAAGGACGGGAAUGCUGUACUCCAGCUACGUUCAGAGAAACACCUGCGUUCGGAUGAAGAAGUCACUAUCUCGUACGGCCAGGACAAAGCGGCUUCCGAAAUGGUCUUCUCAUAUGGCUUCCUUGAUUCAAACGAAAGCGACGCGAAACAGAUAUUCCUAGACUUGGACAUACCGGAGGAUGAUCCGCUGAGAAUGGCCAAAAUGACAUUCUGCAGGGAAGCCCCGGGGCUCCGCGUCUUCUCAAGACCUACAGAUUCCGAGGGAGCUGGAACUUACUGGGAGAGUCCAAUUGUGUGGUGGGCCUGCGUCAACGAAGAAGAUGGUCUUGAUUUUGCCGUAUUGCAGAACGUGGAUGGUUCGAGAGAGCUGACGAUGACAUGGAAAGCGCAGGAGGUGAAAACUCCUGAUCACCUCGAAGAUCUCCUAGCUGCAGAACCGCUAUGGGAUAUAUUUCGACUUCGAGCGGUCGUCCUUGUCCUGGAACGACUAGAGACUCAAUUCUUCAUGCUGCAGACGACCGAGGGGAUGGUUUCAGACAUCCAACAAAGCGAGGAUAUGCUUGCUCUUUUCCGGCCUGAUGUAUUUACAACCGUCACCAAGCUGCGAGAAUUGGAGGGGCGGCUGCUGGAGAGUGCUAUCAGAGACCUGGAGAAGGAGAGAGAUGAUCUGAUGACGAGCGAGUCAGUCCAAACCUAUUUGGCUCAACAACAGUCUGCGGACGUGGAAGACGACUUUUCAUGA